GCACUCAACAGGAAGCCAUGGCCGCCGCCGCUGCUGCUGCUGCUGUGCGGACGCUGCUGCUGCUGCUACUGCCCCUGCUGCUCUUCCAUGUGGCUGCCGGCGAGACGGUGGUGGCCGAAGAUUGGCUGGAGAAGCCCCCACGGGGAGAUUCGCCCUUCGGCUCCGUGUGGCCGCUGCCGCAGCUUCUGCGCUCGUCCCCGAUUGCGCUGCAGCUGAGCCACGACCGCUUCCGCCUGGAGCACGACCCGGCCUCCAGCGCGCAGGUUGGAUGCCAGAUCCUCGACGAUGCCUUCCGCCGCUACUACAAUAUCAUUUUCAGCGGAUCGCCUUAUCCGGGGGCCUCGAGCAAGCUUCACCGCAAGCUUCACCGCAAGCCCACCACGAAGACACGCGCCGACGGCGAGGUCUCCUCACUGAGCGUUCUCGUGCAGAGCAGCCACAACGACUGCAACGACUUCCCCGGCCUCGACUCAAACGAGUCCUAUGAGCUGAGCGUGCAAGCGGGCGAGUCUCUGUUGCAGGCCCCCUCUGUGUGGGGGGCCCUCCGAGGUCUGGAGACGUUCAGCCAACUGGCUUACCGGGAUGACAAUGAUGGGAUUUUAAUGAACAAGACUGAGGUGGUGGAUUUCCCUCGGUUCCGGCAUCGCGGGCUGCUGCUGGACACCUCGCGUCACUACCUGCCUCUAAUCGUCAUCCUCGAGACAUUGGAUGCCAUGGCCUACAACAAGUUCAACGUCUUCCAUUGGCACAUUGUGGAUGAUCAGUCAUUCCCGUACCAAAGCCAGACGUUCCCCGAGCUCAGCGAAAAGGGGGCAUACGACCCAUCCAGGGCUAUCUACACCGAGACGGAUGUAGGAGCUGUGUUAUGGUAUGCUCGCGAACGAGGAAUUCGCGUCAUUCCCGAGUUUGACACCCCCGGCCACACUCAGUCCUGGGGGAAAGGUGAGCCAAACCUCCUGACUCCCUGCUACAAUGGCAAGGAGCCUUCCGGCUUAUUUGGUCCCGUGCAUCCUGUGACCAACUCUACCUAUGACUUCAUGAAAAAGCUCUUCAAUGAGAUCGCCAAUGUUUUCCCGGACCAUUAUAUCCACCUUGGAGGUGAUGAGGUCAGCUUCAGCUGCUGGCAGUCAAACCCAGAUAUCACAUCUUUCAUGGAGAAGAUGUCUUUUGGAAAGGAUUACAAGAAGUUGGAGUCCUACUACAUUCAACAAAUUCUGGACAUCGUGGCCUCGUACAAAAAAGGCUAUAUGGUGUGGCAGGAGGUGUUUGACAAUGGUGUCAAGUUGAAGCCGGACACAGUGGUGCACGUGUGGAAGUUCAUGGCGGAACGCUACAAGCAAGAGAUGGCGGAAGUGACAGCGGCAGGCUUCUCCACGUUGCUGUCAGCGCCGUGGUAUAUCAACUCAAUCGCUUAUGGGCAGGACUGGACCAAAUAUUACGUCGUCGAGCCACUCGACUUCAACGGAACCGAUAAGCAGAAGGAGUUGGUGGUUGGAGGCGAGGCGUGCCUGUGGGGCGAGUAUGUGGAUGGCACCAAUCUGACCCCCAGACUCUGGCCUCGUGCAAGCGCAGUGGCCGAACGCCUGUGGAGCGACAAGAGCGUGACUAAUGUGAACGACGCCUACAGCAGACUUGCAAAGCACCGCUGCCGCAUGGUCCAGCGUGGAAUAGCAGCCCAGCCCCUGUUUGUGGGCUUUUGCGACAUUUAACCGUGCACUGGACGAACCAGGGAUGCCAGCCCAGGGAAGCUAAAUCACUCUUGAAUCUGCACGUCAAUGCAUGUCCCUCCUGUACCAUCAUUCGGUAAUCACUGUGCCACCCUUGAGAGCCGCACGGUCACAACGGUUAUUGUGAAUUGGAAUUUCUCAGCCAGGGAUUGGUGUUUGUCAUUGGCUCUCUUUUGUUAUAUACGAUGUUUUCUUUCCUGUUUUCAUUUAAUGUGCUUUUGUGUCCGCCUAUACCCUCUGCAGGAUUUGUUAAAUGCAAGUGUGCAUAUACAAGUACCAUGAAAUCAGAUUAUGCUUUACAAACGAUCUGUUUGUACUGUGUUUUCAUCCAGCAAUUGGGUCAUAAAGCAUGGUCUAUGGUUAUAUAGACCAGUUAUUAAGGAACACUCCUGAAAGAUUAAUGCAUCUUUUUGUUUUAAAUAGAUUUCUUGAAACUUGGUCGCUUGGAGCUGUUGCAUAGUACAAAUAAUUCCUGUUGCUCUAACCUGAGGUUUGUAGUUUUUGGAGCAAUCCUUUAAAUGUUGUCAGCUUGCCACAUGCUGACCACUUAAGUUUUUGAAAUACAGUUGAUUUUGUUGUUUUCUGAUUCACGUAUGCAUAUGUGUAGUGGUGCCCUUGGAUGCACGUCUUAAACCAUAGUGUUGUAACCAUUUGAGGAUGCUGCAUUGCAUCGUGUGAUUUGCAGCUCUGACCAACAAUGCAGGUUCCUUGGCAUGUGGCCAGCUAUUCAAAACCAACAAACCCAAAUGACUCGAUCCUAGCACGAGGAAGUCCGUUCAACUGCUUGAUGAGCAUUCGUGCAACAUGUCUAUGAAUACUAGAAAUUAAUAAAACUAACACGCACACUUGUCACUGCGAUCACAAAUGCACUGCGAUAAUAAACGAGCUAGUGGUGUUCUCUCAGCCACGCCAGGAGCGUGUUGAACCUCAAGACAUUUACCUGCAUGAAGCCACUGUUUUGUGGUGGUAAUUUACAAAAAGUAGACGGUUGACAUGCAAGCACAUGUUCCAGGGAAUGAUUUGUGGUGGCUGCUUAUAAGUGAAGAGGGUGGAUUUUUUUUGCUUCUGGCUUACGAUUCUGUGAUGCUUUUUUUCCUUGAGUGUUUUACCCGUUUAUUAAUUUGCACUCUGGAGAGCAAAUACGGUUUGCCAACUCCAUUUUUUUAGUGUAUUUUAUUAGGAAAGAUGUAUUUACUGUUUACAGUAUAUAUACACAUGCAGACUGUCAACAAAUGUACGGACAUUUAUGAGCCCAAGCCUUAAGAGAUGAGAUGUGCCUUUUGUAGAAAAUAAUCACAAGUUGCAGUGCUGAUUCUGAGAUGUGCAAGGGAAGAGCUAUGAUGCAGUUGCUCAUCUACCCUCCAACUGAGAAUUCGUGCACUGGGACAUGUCUGCACUGUUAAAAGAGGGUGCACAACGUAGGAUCCAUAAUCUCCUUUCCAUCCAUGACCUGUUAUGUCAUCUGUCUGCAACAAGAUAAUGGCGUCAAGUAUUCAGGAUUCUCUUUAAAAAAAAAAGCCUUUCCGCAAGAGAAGUCAACCUAAUUGUCCGUCGCGCAACAGUGUUCACAAGGAGAGGGGACGAAUCGUUGGCAGACGUGCUUGUGCAGUAACGUGCACCAAGACGCGUGAUAAAAAUCGACCGAUCCUGGGGCUUGAAUAUAAAGUGCUGUUUUUCUGUGGAUGCAAUUGACAGCACCUGAUUGUGCUGUUAACCAAUCAGGCGGUCAUAUAAGCAGACAGCACCGUCUCUUAAAACAGAGUUGGCGCCUCAUCCAUAGGAAAUGCAACACCAUUGACAUUGAAAUAAAGCGGCAAUGUUAUGCAUGAUACGUAUUCAUGUGUGUAGUUUAAUUUCUUUUCGGGGGUUCCCUUGUCCUGGCUUUUGGGUAAUGAAUGUAUUUUAUAUUCAGAGGUGGAAUGUGAAUUUUGAUUUGCAGUGGUUGGGAAGCCUCUGAGAUGACAGCUUUUUAGCAUCAUAUUUUUUGUCAUUUGAUUUUUCUCAUGGAAUUUCUACGAAAAUAAAAUUGACAUGCACCCAA